AUGGAUAAACAGGAAUUGCCAACAUCUGUGGCGCCUCCUGGGGGCAUCUCAAAACCAACAAGACUAACCCCUAUUGUAACUAAAAUAUUGUCUGCUAGUUGUAUUUUAGCCAGCUUGUUUCUUUUCUUUUCCUCCUCUAAAGUCCAUGAUUUCAAGUACUCGACCAACUCAUUUCCAAUCUUUGAAUUUGCCGAUGACUCGUUAUGUCCUGUUAGCACCAAGGUGGUUCCGGAAAAUUACGACGCGCUUGAAAAUACCAUCAACACCAUUCUUCAUGAUAAAACUUUUAGAAAUGCUUCGGCUGCCAAGUUAGGAGGUGCCGUGAAAAUCCCAACUGAAGUCACCGAAGAGUGGCGCGAUAUUUAUGGUGAACAUUUCAAACCAUUUGGAGACUUGCACCAAUACUUGGCUGACACUUUCCCAAAAGUUCAUGCCAAUUUGAAAUUGGAUAAGGUUAAUACAUAUGGACUUGUUUACACUUGGGAAGGCUCCGACAGCGACUUGAAACCUAUUUUGUUGACGGCACACCAAGAUGUUGUUCCAGUGGAGUGGGCGACAGAAGAUAAAUGGUCAUACCACCCUUAUUCUGGAUAUUAUGACGGUGAAUUUGUUUGGGGAAGAGGGUCCUCUGACUGUAAGAACUUGUUGGUUGGGUUAUUGGAAACCAUGGAAUUAUUACUCGAAGAAGGUUAUCAACCAAAUAGAACCCUUGUGUUGGGCUUCGGGUAUGAUGAAGAAGCCAUGGGUGAUUUAGGAGCUGAACAGAUUGCAGGGUUCUUGGAAGACAGAUACGGUAAAGACUCUUUCUAUGCUGUCAUUGAUGAAGGGAAUAGUGGGUUCUUCAAAACGGAAGAUGUUUUUCUUGCCAUAAUUGCCACUGGUGAAAAAGGAUAUGUCGAUAGCCACAUCACUUUGAGAACCCCUGGUGGCCAUAGUUCUGUGCCCCCAGACCAUACUUCUAUUGGGAUCCUUUCUCAAUUGGUGAAUGAAAUCGAAGACACUCCAUUCGAGCCAAUUUUAUCCAACAUUAACCCUCAUUUUGGCUAUUUGCAAUGCUUUGCCUCACAUUCUAAUAACAUCGACAAGAGUUUGAAAUCCAAUAUUUUGAAAGCUGGUAUGGAUAGCGAGGCCAAUGCCGCGAUCGUCAAGUUCCUUCAUGAAGAUAUUGCUACCAGAUACUAUAUUCAAACUUCGCAGGCCAUUGAUAUCAUCCAGGGAGGUAUCAAGUCGAAUGCCUUACCGGAAUCUGUGACCAUCGUUGUGAACUCCCGAAUCUCUGUGGAUUCCAACGUCGAAGAAACCGUCGAUAAGCUCACUACAAACGUUUUAAAAGUGGCUGAGGAAUUCGAUUUGGGAGUGGUGGUCGACGAAAAGAUUAUUAGACCAAUCACUGACAAUGGGUAUUUCAACUACACUGCCACUGCUCCAUUGGAAGCGGCUCCAAGUACUCCAUGGAGCGGGGAUGUUUGGGAUACGUUUACUGGUAGUUUGAGAUUUUUUUACGAAGAUGUGAUGUACUCGGACCAGUUUGAUGGUAAGCCAGUGAUCUCCACUCCAGGGAUGAGUACUGGGAAUACCGAUACUAAGAGCUACUGGAACUUGACUUCCAAUAUUUACAGAUACAUGCCAGGAGAAAUGCAAGAUGAUGCAGAAAUGUCUGGAGGAAUCCACAGUGUCAAUGAAAAUGCUUCCAUGGAGGCUCAUUUGAACGUCAUUGCGUUUUAUUAUCUUUAUUUGAGAAAUAUCGAUGUUUCCACCCAUUUCGAUAAACAGUGA